AUGGCCGAGGAGCUGACUCUUUCCGCCCACCAGGUGGCUCUGCUGGAGGCUCACCUGCCGCCAGCGACCGCCGCGCCUGCGGGCGGCUCCAACAUCUGGGUGACGCUGACGUACGCGCAAUCGCUCGACUCGUCCCUGUCGCUCGCGCCGGGGGUGCGCACCCGCCUCUCCGGGCCCGAGUCCAAAGCCAUGACGCACUACCUGCGCAGCCGCCACGAUGCCAUCCUCCGCCGCGGCGCCGGCCAAGCGCCGCUCGUUAUCACCGCGGCCUCGAGCCGCAUCCCCCCCGCCGCCGCGCGCGUCCUCGAAGCGCACGGUGGCAGGUACCUGCAGCUGCCGGCAGAGGAGAAGUCUGCGGGCUCGGCUGGCGGCCGGCUGCGCUUUGGCUGGCCGCAGAUUCUGGCCAUGCUGGCGGCCGAAGAGGGCUUGGCAAGCGUCAUGGUCGAGGGCGGCGGCCAAAUUAUUGACUCGCUGCUUGACCCGGCGUGCCAUGGGUUGGUCAGCUCCGUCAUCGUGACGAUUGCGCCGACGUGGCUCGGCCGGGGCGGCGUUGUCGUGUCGCCGGCGCGCGUGCAUGAUCAGUCGGGAGCGCCGGUACCCGCGGCCCGCCUGCGAGACGUCGCGUGGCAUCCCUUUGGCGACGACAUUGUCUUGUGCGGCAAACUAGAAGGAUCACAAUGA